UGGAGGAUUCACCUAACCGCUGCCUCUUCCUCCCGGGAGAAGGAUUACUCCACAAGAAGUUCCUAAUAGGCACCAUCCUCUCUGGGGUUGCCUACGGACUCGUGCUCAUCCUCUUCGUCGACUCCAUUCGACUGCUCUUCAGGCGCUCGACUCUCUCUAGGAAGAAGAAAUGGAGCUUGGUCAUGUUCAUGUCGAUGAUGUUCUUUGGGAGCACUGCGGCGCUCGCGCUCGCCUGUACCGAUGUCAUACGGAGGACGAAGACGAACGCCGGCUGUCCGUCGCUGCAGAUAAUGACGCUGUUCGUUCCGAGCAUCUGCAUCCCGUAUGUGUUUGUACUGUGGGAGGCUGAUGGGAUGAUGGUAUGGAGAUGCUUAAUUCUAUACGACGGCAUUUCUCGACUUCGUUAUCGCACCUUGGUGGGCGUUCUCGCCGGGAUCUCGCUCCUGUCUUUGGGAUGGGGUGUAGCGCUCCUCAUUCCAGGGAUUUUCUAUAAAGUCGGAAUAAUGGGAGAGUCGGGCUCAACCAGCGUCGCCAUCGCCAUUCUUCCAGCCGUGACCAUCUUCAACAACGUUGCCCUUGCGUGCCUGAUUUCUUUCCGUUUACUCUGGCACCAAAAUCGGACUAGGCGACUACUCGGAAAGGCGUAUGGGUCGCCCUACAAGAGAGUAAUCAGCAUUUGCGUGGAAUCCUGUUCGCUCAUCGUUGUCGUGAACAUUAUCUUCCUUGCCCUGCUUGUAAAUCUGUCACCCGAUACGCUGAUUGUGGAAUCGCUCCUUACUCAUACCUCCGUAAUUUCUGCCCUCCUUGUCCUCCAUCGCAUUGCGAAAGGGACAGAUGCCAUUGCGGAGAUAAACACGGAAGACAUUCCCUUGACCCCCGGAAAUCAAGAGACACACCUCUCGACUCUUCAAUUCAGUUCUGAGACGGGAUUCGCGGAAUCGGAAUACACCACGCAAUCCUCCACGAUUGAGGGGAAGAGUACAAAGUGAU